AGUUUUUUGUAUUAUUGUUUCAGCACGCAAGGAGAGCGGACCUGUGUCGCUUCGUUUGGGAACAUUGUAACAAACGGAUCUCUAGAACGACGAACGACACAGAGACGGCCGUGCUCGUGCAACAUAACACCACCCUCCUCGGUGCCUGCUGCGGCUGUCUGCACACAUCCCCUCUGUCCAACUACGGCUCCGCAAGGGGCAACAACAGCACCACAUCCCCGGUCCCCUAGCUGUGUGGUUGCGUUCUCGCGCGCGUGUGUGUGUGUGUGGUGAAGAAUCAGUGAAACCACAAGUGCAAAAGCAGGCAGCGUGUGUGAGUGUGUGUUGAAGAAGUGAGAAAAAGAAGGAUAAAAAACGAAAACGCCAAGCAAGCAAAGCCGUUCAAGAAGCAGUAGUAGCCUGCUGCUACAACAUUUCCGGAAGUGCGUGCUUGCGUGCGUGUGUGUGCGUGUGCGCGCGUGUGGUUGUGCAAUUGUGUGUUUGUGUGUGAAAGAAAGUUUCCAAUUGUGCGUGCCGCGUGUGUGUGGCCGCCAAGUCGCGAAAAGGGGAAAACACACAAAGGCAGCAAACCCUUUGGCGCGCCCCUCCCUCUCAUUGUUAUUGUUGUGUUGUGCUUAGAGUGAAAGAGAAGAGAGAGUGAGAGCGAGUGAGUUUUUCGCGCGUUCCGCAUUGUGUUUUGCGCGUACAUUUUCCGGGGGGUUUUCCACGGAGUCAUCGCGUAGAAGCGCCGUAACAACAGCGAGUGUGUCCCUACUACCCGCCUUGUCGCGUGCUCGUGAUCGCGGAAGUGUGUGUGUGCGCGAGCGCGAGUGUGUGUGAGCAUCUUCUCCCCCGCCCCCCCUCCCCACAACUCAUCUCCACCGGUGCGUGUAAGGCGUGGGAUCGGUGGAAGGCGGCCGCGGGUUAUGCGCAACGGCUGAAUGGCGGCUGUCGGUGGCCCUGCCAGGCAAUCACGGGGGGUCUCCAUGAGUGUCUCGAUGUCGCUGGUACAAGGAGGAGCUGCCGGUGCGCCGCAGGGCGCCAUCCUGGCCGCGGCCGCACCCUACUUCCAGCCGCCGGCCGUCCCCCAGGAUGUCCAGCCGGACCGGCCAAUCGGUUACGGAGCGUUCGGUGUCGUAUGGGCUGUCACCGAUCCGCGAGAUGGACGCCGGGUCGCACUCAAGAAGCUGCCCAACGUUUUCCAGUCGCUCGUGUCCUCGAAGCGUGUGUUCCGCGAGCUGAAGAUGCUGUGCUUCUUCAAGCACGAAAAUGUACUCUCUGCACUGGACAUCCUACAGCCGCCACAUUUGGAUUUCUUCCAGGAAAUCUACGUGAUUACGGAGCUGCUCCAGUCGGAUCUGCACAAAAUCAUCGUCUCGCCGCAGCACCUGUCCGCUGACCACAUUAAAGUGUUCCUGUACCAAAUCCUGCGCGGGCUGAAGUAUCUCCACUCGGCGCGCAUCCUGCACCGGGACAUCAAGCCCGGCAACCUGCUGGUGAACAGUAACUGUGUGCUGAAGAUUUGUGAUUUUGGGCUGGCGCGCGUCGAGGAACCGGACCAAUCGAAGCACAUGACGCAGGAAGUCGUCACGCAGUACUACCGCGCGCCGGAGAUACUGAUGGGCGCCCGCCACUACUCGGCCGCCGUCGACGUCUGGUCGGUCGGGUGCAUUUUCGGCGAGCUGCUCGGCCGGCGCAUUCUCUUCCAGGCGCAAAGCCCCGUACAGCAGCUUGAACUGAUCACCGAACUGCUCGGUACGCCAUCGCUGGAGGAUAUGCGGCAUGCCUGCGAGGGCGCCAGAAGCCACAUGCUGCGGAGGGCACCGAAGCCCCGGUCACUGACCGCACUCUACACGCUGAGCACCCAUGCCACACACGAAGCCGUACAUCUGCUCUGCCAAAUGCUCGUCUUCGAUCCGGACAAAAGAAUAUCCGUGAUCGAUGCGUUGGCCCAUCCGUACGUCGACGAGGGUCGACUUCGUUACCAUUCCUGCAUGUGUAAGUGCUGUUACACCACGUCCGCCGGCAUGCGCCAGUACACCGGCGAGUUCGAGCCAUCCGCCACCCAAGCAUUCGACGAUCUGUGGGAACGCAAACUGACCUCCGUGCAGCAGGUGAAAGAGGAAAUGCACAAAUUCAUUGCCGAGCAGCUACAGACGGGCCGCGUGCCACUGUGUAUAAAUCCCCAAAGCGCUGCAUUCAAAUCCUUCGCUAGCAAUAAUCAUCACAUAUCACCAUCAUCCAAUCAUCAUCAGUAGCAAGCAGGUGGCAAAACUGAUGCCCGCCGCGGGUAGCGCGCAAAGAGCUAGGAAGAAGAAGCCGUGUGAACCGUUGCUGAUGUUUGAAUACUCGGGGAAGAAAAACGAAGGCAAGACGCGAGGUGGUGGUCUGCCUCACAAUCGCACUCGGGCAGGUGUGUCAAAUCAAGAUAGAGAAGCGCACGUCUAUUACUACUACUACUGCUAGCACAGUGCGUGCGAAGUUUGUCGAUCCAGUAGUUGGUGACCGAGAAAAGACCCCGCGACCAACACUAUUCCCCAAAGUGUUCGAUAAGAAUCGACAGAAAGCUGGCCAAGGAAGAGAUUUAAGAAAGCAAACAAACCGAACGAUGCGCUUGAAGAGAAGAAACUGUAAAUUAGUGUGGCGACUUUUGGAACGACUUGUGUCGGUUCUGUGUGCACAUGCCUUUUGCCCCUUAUGAGUUGUGUUUGCUUAUGGAAAUCAUCAACCAACGACCGUGUCACUACUCGUACGACCUGCUACUCAGCUUUAGAGGAUAAUCAUCACAUUGCAAAACGAAAACAGCACACGCGAUUUAUUUGCCGGAAAUGUGUGGAAGAACAGCCUUCCAUGUCACAUCAAACCACACAAGAAUAAUGCACCAGAUGCGCAAUGUUUGAUGCUCCCCGUCUCUCAGACUUUCUCCCAUACGCCUCCCAUCGGUGCAUCUUUCCGUGGGGGGACGACAUUCAAGAGAUUGUCACGAUAGCGAUAGCGGUGAUACCUAAACGUUUACCAUUAGCGUCACGGUGUCAAUCACUAAUCUUCUUUGUCACUGUGUGCACGUAUGUGUGUGUGUUUGUGUGCGUGCCCGCACUUUCGUGCCGCGGGGCCAUGGAUCAUCCGGCAGGAUACACACACGCAACUGGAAUGUUGGAUCGGGGGAAAACAGAAAGCGGACUUAUCACCAUGCUGCUACAAAUCUGUCCACAAGCCUUCGAUUUUUCGCAAAAUAGCUCAACCGUAGCCCAUCCAUCAGAACUGCCACCAUCGCCGCACCAGUGGGAAUGACAUAAUGAAGCAAUGGCCGCCUAAAAUGGAGCGAUGUAAAUGCAACCGAGAAUCGACCACCCCACCCCCCCGAACAAACCAACACAAAUCGACUCUUUGCAAGAUUGUAUCAGGAGCAGCGACCAUUAGGGGCAUAUCUGUGUUUUGGUGGCGUCAGUUUCUAGGUUCUAGAAGAAGAAAAUAACCCCUAAAACCUCAAGGUUGCCAUUCCUAUGGGACAAUCGGUGUCCAGGGGGGGUCCAAGCACUUACCAGAGCGUACCACGAACAAGAGCUCUCCCUGGUAAUAUGUUACGUGUGAAUAUCCAUGCAGACACACAAGCACACAUACACACACACACAGACUAUCUAUUGUACGGCCGUCAGCAUCAGAGCGCAACCAAGUAAAGGGGGGACAGUAUUUUUUGUUCGGUUUAGUAUGUGUUUUAGUGCAUGGGAUUAGGUUAUCAUAUCUCAUGAAACGCUGGGAGCUGCUAUGCUAAAGGACCACUGCUCAGUUGGAGUGCAGAAGAACAGACAGGUGUGUGUGUGUAGCAAGCAGCGCCAUCUGGGAACAAGAAUGACUAAUUGGAAGGAAGAAUGUGUCGCUGUAACAAGCACACCAGUGUACGUCCGAUCGAUGAUGUAUGCAGAAUUAAUCGCUCAUAGCGCCGACGCAUCCUUUCGAUUACUUCAAUCAGUCAUUUCGCGUGUUACUUGACUUGAACAAAAAAAAAAAGACAAUUCCGUACAAACAUUCUAAAGGGCAGGUGAAGAAAACAAACAAACAAAACCAGUUCCAAACGCCGACAGGGAGGGAUUACAGGCCAUGCUUGCAAACACAACAAUCACAGAACCACAAAGCGAACUGUUCCGGGAUCGAGACGAACCUUUUGACUGCCUAGUUUAAUUUAGCUUACGCGUGUACUUUGUUUGCAUCAUCCUGUGUGUGUGAGUGGGCGAGUGGGCGAACGAAACAUACCGUAAACACCUGUAAAUAGCGGAAGAGAGGAAGAGGAAGCAUAAGACGGUACGAUUUAUACGAUUGAUUUCAUUUAGGAAAAUUCUCCAUUCUCCUUUUGUUUCUUUACUGUCGCGUCUUCGUUAGCUUUUAAGGCAUAUAGGGCAAACAUUUUAAGCUUCGGAUGUAUGUGUCUGUGUGUGUUAGCAAAAGAAGAGCAAAACAAGACGCGCCAAACAGAACGCCAUGGUAUGUGUGGCGUGCGAAAACGGGAAAGACUUUAUAGAUUGUGAGUCAGGGGGAGGAAAAGAACGUAGCUUUCAUUGCUGCCGCUUCCCACCCCCCAAAAAGAGAGGAAAAAGAGAGCGAAGGUCAUCUCUCGCCCACGUGGUGAAACAAAUCUUUCAAUAAGAUCUCAUUAUUAGUGUUUUUUUUUAAUUCAAUUACACUUUUAGAUUAUUUUCCCCCCAAAACAAACCCCUAACUCUACCAAUACACACGCGCAAGAGAGAGGUGUAGUAGUAAAAGCAGCCGCAUACGCAAGUGCAAGCGUCGGCAAACCCUGCUUAAGAGAGUGAAUCAGUUGUGGAGGAGCGGUGGGCAGGUACAUUGGGUAAGAAGUGAUAAGAAAAACGGUUUUAAAUAGUAGAUUAUGGAAAAAAACGGCAGCUGCAGCAUACACUCUGCAGCCUCUCGAAGGGGUACCACAGACACGCAUGUACCACAUUCUACAGGGCAGGAGUUCGUUUGCAUUGCAAUCACUCAAUGUAAGCGCUCAAAAGGUUUUCACAGUAAUGGAAAACGUUACAAUAGGACAGCUACCAUCAGGCAUGUACAGUUUUUUUUUUUUUUUGCGUUAGCAGGUUAAGAAAGGAUGGAAUGAUAAUGAUGAUGGUUGCGUUUCUAUAGUACCACUGCACCCUCAGCUCCACGCGCGCAUCUCUGUACAGUAAGAGCGUGGAAGAGCCCUCUACCUUAGCGAGGUAGAGCGGGAGAGAAACAAAGGAGCAUACAAUAUAAAAUGAUAAACAAUAAGGUUGAAUGAUUGCAGGUAGCAGUGCGCUUUUUAACCAGCAGAGGGUUAAGUAAGGCGGGGGAGACUAAGCAGAGAAAGGAUAAUAUCCUGCACGAGAGAGAGACUGCGCGCGUGCAUGCGUUCAAGAAAGUGGUAGUAGUAGUAGCAAGUGUAAGAAGCAUAACCGCAAAACUAAAACUAAAACAAAACAAAACAAACAAAAACAACUCUAGCAAACGUGUUCAACGAUUAUGCGUGUUUAAGGUUAAGUAGAAGCAAUAAGAUUUUCACGUGGCGCGGAAAAGGUAUGGAAAAGGGCACUAGAAAAGCACAGAUUUUGGGGGGGGGGGCGAAUGAUGCAAAACGUUUCAGAACACGGUAUAUAUCCGGUUUCAGUUCCGUGGGUUCCUGUAGUUUUUGCCUGCCAAUUCGGUUUAGGAAAGGAUGGUGAGGAAGAAGUGCUCACGCCGUGGUGUAGUGUACAAUUAGAUCAAAUUUUAGUUUUUUUUUUCCAUUCAAGUGCACUUGCACGUGCAACUCUUUACUUUAAAGACAAUUUAAAUGCGUUCUCUUGUCGCGGUGUUUUUCUCGUAAGCGUUUGGCGUACCUAAUUCAAUGAAAGUUCACUAAAAUUUUAGUACAUUUCACGCAACACCUUCGCGUGUACCGUUUUUGACCAGGAAGAACGCGUGGCGGAGAUUCCUAAUUCAUUUUAUGCGACUGAAGCGAACUGACGGAGAAGCACACACACACACACUGAGAAACAACAUCGAUUGUUUGCUCUCUUCCUCCAACGAAACACGCCACUGAGCGACAGGACCGGUAGGGCCGUAUCGGGAAAACGAUUAGGUGUGAAGGAGUGGUAUAAGCAUCUAGUUUAGCAGUAUAAAUUAGCGCCAAGCAAGAAAAACUCAAAUAGAAAGUCACACACACACCACACACACUUACAUGAGAAUGAGGUCGGAUGCGCGCCACCAGUAGGUUUUAAGCAUGUGUAUAUUUGAUAAGGGAUCGAGUUGUGGUUGAGACAAUUUUUUUGAUUGCAAACAUACAAGUCCCCAAUAUAACAGAAAAAGAGAUAGAUAAAUGCGAGUAAGCAAAGAAGAAACAGAGAGAAAGCAAAGAAAGAGAGGAAGAGAAACACUGAGAGAGAGAGAGAGAAAGCGAGACACAUACAUAGGAAAACAAAUAGACGAAAGCAAAAACAAUUCAUUUGGUUCCUUUCUUUUAGUUGUUCUUUUCAACUUUAUUUUUAGUUUAUUAUUGUUUCCCACUCUUACGAUUCAUGAUGACGACGGUGGCUCUUUCCUGAAACGGUUUCUUUCAUAUUUUACGUUUUAGCGCUUUUCGGUGUUUUGUGUUGCUCUUCCUGGUGGAGUUAACAUUCCUGGUACGCCUUUUCAAUGCUUCCUUCAGUUUUCAUGUUUACUUUAAAUUUAUAUUUGCUCACUAUUUUCUUUCCUUUCCUUUCAAUUUUAUGUUGAACACACACUGUGUGUUCCCUCCCAACAAAUCAAACGUUGCAGACGUUCUUCGCCAGGCCAAACACGGACAAAGUGAUGAUGAGUGCAGAUUUGCAGGCAGAAAGGAGGAAAAAGCUGGUUUAAUGCAUCGUGCGAAGGAAAAACGGUCGCAGCACAACACUAUACUCACAUACGGAAACAAGCACGCCCCGUGCAUUACGCUUUAAAGUGCAAGUAGUAGCAACAAUUACAUUUGUGAAGAUUGUAGAGAGCAGCAAAUUGGCAGUGUUUGAGGAUACUGUGUAUUGAAGAAGGGCGAAUGGUAUCAAUGCUCGUACUACUAAGAAUAUGUUGUGUCUGUGUGUAAAGGAAAAACGCUCGUAAAACACACACACUUAUGCAGUUAGGCGAUAGGGUGCACCUGCUGCGAAAAAAAGCUAUGAGAAACAUAAUAACAUUUCUCUCAAGGUGUGCACUGUAGCAAUGGUUUCGUUUGUGCACUGUGUACUGGAAUAAUGCGUGUCUAUACGAUUAUUAUUGCAAAAACAGCACAAAACAAUCCCUGCCAGUAUAAUCCCUCACCCAAGAGCAAUGCAUGUGCAAGUUGUUGUGAAUGUGUGUGUGUGUGUGUGUGGUAGGGCUUAAGUGUAGUUUUCCGUGUCAUUAAUCAACUGUAUAUGGAUAAAGACACAAGCGCACAGCUUCUAAAUGCAGGCCAUUUUAAGAAGUCUUCGUGUCGACGCGCUACACCUCAGUGGAAGGAGCAGCGAUGGACGAGGAGAGAAACACCUUACCUUUUUGGGGGAAAAGAACGAUAAUGAAUAAUAUUAACAAAACAAUUGGAUCGAACACUUCUUCCCACAGGAGGGUGAGACGUUUUGAUAUAGUAUCAGAAGAGGGUAUGGCAGGUGGACUCACAUUUACACAGACCGUCAAGCAAGCAUAAUGGAAUACCAACCCUACCCACACACACUCAUCUUCGUUGUACUGGAAGAAAAUGCAUUUUGGCAGGUGGAAAAGCUCUAGAAUGAUCCACAAAACUCUCCGUGUGUUACGCAUUGUCCCUAUAAUUGUAGCACAAGCCAGGCUAUAGAAACAUACAAUAAUUAAAGUUUAAGUGAGAAAAAAAAGAAGAAGGAAAGACACACACUAGGGCUAGCUAGCCAGGGAGAAACACACAACGAGACGUACAUUUAAAGGGAAUAUCGUAACACAGUUAGUAACCAUUUUCGAGAGUGUGUGUGUGUUUGUGUGUUUGUGAAACAAGAAACAUUGAACAAGAAAACAUUAUAAGGAAAACAUUGUCUGCUUGUGUGAUAUGAUAUUUAGCGUUUGUUUGAUUGCGCGAUAGAUGUACACGAAAACAGCGAGGUAGCGCGGCAGCAACAGUAAAAUCAUAUACAAUUGUUUGUUGCACUCUGCACGCACACACACACGCAGCCAAUGUAACAGAAUCCUUUGCGUGUGUCUGUGUGUGUGUGUGGGUUAGUGUGCUAAUAAUAUUAUUGUAGUGAGAAAAAAAUGGAUCAAACACAAACGAAGAAAGGCUUACUAUAUAGCAUGCCGGGAACGUUUCGAUCCGAUUACAAUACAGUCCCUGCCGCAUAAACGGCUCCCCCUUUUUUGUAAUCGGAGCCACCUACUACUACUACUACUACUCCUACUAGUGUGUUGCUGUAUUGGCAUUAAUCUCAGUUCAGACGAACUCUUGUACACACACACACACACUCUCCCUUUAAUCUUCCUGCUAGAGAUUUCGCUUGAGCUUGUCGCAGCUCGCAACGUGUUAAUGCCAUCAUACGGCAUACUGAAAGCGUAAACAAAACUGGCUCGAAAGUGUUACGUUUCUUUUUCUCUACCGCAAGCCAGCAGAUGAACAAUCUAUCCAACAGAACUAUGUAUAACCCGACUGCCACCUCUUCGACUCGAUAAACUCUAUAGAACGGACAGCAUAACAGGAGUAUAUAGUAUACAUUCCUUAAAGAUUUAAACGUACAACUUAUGAGUAACUCGUUCAUUUAAAAAAAAACCGUGAAACCCGUUUCAAACAAAAAUACAAACGCAGGAAACACAAUACACACACAACUGCAAGAAAGGAGAAAAUGGAAGCAAAACAAGGAACACUUUCGGUUUCAGAAAACAACCAAAGCCAACAGCGCGCAUCCAGCCACAAACAAGGUUUACACAGGUGUUAAAGGUGUAGUGCAUUAUAAUCGAACCAUUGUAUUAGUAUGUGUGUGAGUGUGAGGCAAUAAUUAUAAGCAAAUGUAAAAAAAACCCCAAUUAACCGACAGUAAACCGAUCUUGAUCGCGUGAUCGCGAAGGGCCAAGCGGUGGUGGUGGUGAUUCGUUGCCCCCCCGCAGCAUCAUUUACCUAAACAAGCAACCAAACCUCCCCAAUGGAUGAGUUUCAGAAAUCUUCCACUCCAUUUGUUUGUGUGUCCUUUUGGUUUUUUUAGGGAAACUGUAAUGGAAACAUGGUGUGUGGUAGAUUGGCUUUGAAUAUAGUAUUUGAUAAAAAAAAGUGGUAAAAAAAGACAACACUCUCGCUCUGACCUGUGUAAAUAACAAAUUGUGAUUGUUGGUCAUUAUGUAUUGGAAUAUAAAAACAACUGUAGCAACAAAGCGAUUAGAAGAAGAAGCAAACCGAAAAGAAUGAAACAACGCAUAUUUGUCCACACUGCACCCGAGACCUCUGUAAAAAGUGAAAAAGUAAAAAAAAGGAAAAGUUCACAACACAAAAAGCUAAUUUGAAACGGCACAUGAAUAAAACGAAUGAGAAAAAAACGAUUCAAAAGCGAAUGGCUAAAAGAAGAAGAAGAAGGCUGUUAGGAAAAGGCAAUUUUAUACGCUCAGAUUUGUAAAAUUGAAUGGAAAAGAGGAACGAGAAGCAGUCACAAACAAAAGCUGCAAAAGAAAAUGUGGAAAUAAUCCCCAUUGUGCAUUUGCGCCAUUUGGGGCGCAAAAGGACCCAUUGAAAGGAGGAAAAGGAUGAAUUGGAUGCAUAACACACCCACACGGACAGAAUCCCAGACCACAACAGACACAAACACACAUAUUUGUCUUCUCGCAUCUCGGAACACCAGGAUCAGUGUGUGUGUGUAUAUAUACUUGUAUAGUGAGAAAUAGUGAUAGUGAGAAAGUGUGUGUGUGUGUGUGUGUGUGUGUAAGAGAGAAAUGAAUUAAAGGAAAAAGAAGGGAAAUUUCAAGCAACAACAAAAACACGAAACAUUGGAAAAAUGAUGAAGCAAAAAGAUGCACACAAUCACACAAUAAACAUAAAAACAAACAUAACAAAAACAAGCAUACACAAAAUGCAUGCAGUCCGUGGUGGGCAGGAAACGCAGCGAAUGCAACUCUCGUAUGUAUCAGAACACAUAUAUACACACAAUGGAAAAUAUAUACAUAAAUUGAACAGUGAUUGUACAAAAUGUAAA